AUGGUCCCUCCUAUGCUUGUACAGGACGAGCAUGACCAAGACAUUGGUUAUGCUGCGCCUUCUUCUGAUUGGGUAGGAGCCUCUUUGAACAAGUUGGCAGCAUUGAAAACCCUGCUUGUCUGGUGCAACGCCCAGAACAUCAAAGCUCCACGCUAUACCUUGGAUUGUUCCAUUGACACUUUGAUGGGAGGUGGAGAUGGCUAUGACAAACCUUUUAUUAUCCUGCUGACAGCCACUAUUCUUGAUCAAAUGCGGGAGGGUGAUGAAGCCUUGGUGCGCAUCUUGCUUGCACUCAAGACUGCGAAGGUGCUCAGCAUCCCGCAAUGGCAAAGAGCUCAGGGGCCAAGCUCCGCAAGAUUGUUCAACCUCAUGACCCAACUCUGA